UCUUGACAAUUCUGGCCCUUGAAAAAAAAAAAGAGAAGAGAAAACAAAAGGAAAAGAAAGCUAAUAACGAGGGGAAGAGACAGGAACAGGCUGGAGUGUCGGCUUACACGUCACGCCAUUGCAAGCUUGGAACUAUUUUCCUCCUCCAUCACUUAUUGAAUCACACACACACACACACACACAUUUUUAUAAACUCAUCUCCACUGCAACUCCACUCUCUGGACAAUCACUUGUAGACAAAUCUUUUCUUACCAAACUCGCCAUUGGAUCUCUUCAACUAUCUCAGAUUAUAAAAAAUUUGGUAGGGGUUGUUAACAUUGUUCACUACAUAUAUAUAUAUAGUGGGUGAUUCGGGAGUUCUCGGAUCUCGGUAUUCUCACGCUAAAAACUGUUCUCCAUAAAGCGCGAUAUAUAUAUAGAGAGUUCGGGUUGUGUUGGGUUCGAUUGCAGAAUGUAUAAAUUGAUGAAAACAACAGUGGCUGUACUGGCUGCUGCUCUAUUCAUGUUAAUCGAGACAAGGGUAGUGAGCGGUGAAGUGGUAACAUGUUCCGGAAUGGUUCCAAUGGUGUACCGGAAUGAUAAGAUUUCGAUUGCUGAUUUUGGGGGUGUCGGUGAUGGACAAACAUUGAACACCAAAGCAUUUCGUGAGGCCAUUUAUAGGAUUCAGCAUUUGAAGAGGAGAGGUGGAACACUUUUGUAUAUACCUUCUGGGGUGUAUCUCACUGGGAGCUUUAAUCUCACUAGUCACAUGACUCUUUACUUGGCUAAAGGGGCUGUUAUCAAGGCCACACAGGAUACGAAUGAUUGGCCCUUGAUUGCUCCCUUGCCUUCUUAUGGAAGAGGUAGGGAGCGCCCUGGUGACAGAUAUGUAAGCUUUAUUCAUGGAGAUGGCCUUCAUGAUGUAAUUAUUACUGGUGAGAACGGUACUAUUGACGGACAAGGUGAUGUCUGGUGGAACAUGUGGAGGCAGAGAACCCUCCAGUUUACAAGACCAAAUCUAAUUGAGCUCAUGAAUUCCAGAAACAUUAUCAUCUCCAAUGUGAUUUUCAAGAAUUCCCCGUUUUGGAACAUUCACCCUGUAUACUGCAGCAAUGUUGUUAUUAGAUAUGUCACCAUAUUGGCUCCAGCUGAUUCUCCUAACACUGAUGGGAUCGAUCCAGAUUCUAGCUCUCAUGUUUGCAUUGAGGACUCGUACAUCUCUACAGGCGAUGACCUUGUAGCUGUGAAAAGUGGCUGGGAUGAGUAUGGAAUAGCUUAUGGUCGUCCUAGCAAGUUCAUCACUAUUAGGAGGUUAACAGGAUCUUCCCCAUUUGCUGGAAUAGCAGUUGGAAGUGAAACAUCUGGUGGUGUAGAAAAUGUUUUAGCCGAGCACGUAAGUCUCUUCAACAUGGGAGUUGGCAUACACUUGAAGACAAACAUUGGUAGAGGAGGGGUCAUAAGAAACAUUACAGUAUCCAGUGUUUAUAUGGAAAAUGUACGCAAGGGAAUAAAAAUUGCAGGUGAUGUUGGAGAUCAUCCUGACGAAAAUUAUAACCCAAAUGCUCUCCCUGUUCUGAAGAAUGUCGUAAUCAACAAUGUUUGGGGAGAAAAGGUUCUGCAGGCAGGUCUUAUACAAGGUCUGAAAAAUGCUCCAUUUACUGGUAUAUGCCUUUCAAAUAUCCACCUUAAUGGUGCCACUGGAACUAGAAAUCUUCCGUGGAAGUGUUCUGAUGUUAGUGGAACUGCUAGUCAAGUCAGCCCAUUGCCCUGUUCUGAAUUGACGAGCACUGAUCAAGCUGGUGCCUGCUUUGUUCCUUUCUGAAAUCAUGCGACCUCAGGCUCCAAGUACGUCCAAGUAAGUUCAAAGCAAAAUAAAAAAAAAUUAACCGAGGGGCCAAAGAGAUACUGAAUCUAUAUUCACAUUGGUGUAGCCUUUUGUUUGUCUGAAAAUAGUGGAAAAUUAACGUGGUUGCUUAGUUGAUGUAGUGUUUGCCUGUAUUUUGUUCAAGUAUGUAAGCUACGUUGUCUAUGUGUGUAUACGAAGAUUCUUAUGCCAACCCACUGCACCAGUGAUCACUUCUAUUAAUUUAUUUAUUGAUGUGAAAUUAUAUUUAUUCA